AUGGUGAUGGCAGAGGCAAGCGUCUUGUCUUCUCACACUGCUGGUGCAGACAAGAAAAUGGGCAAAAUUAUAGAUUCUUCAUACACUUUACAGGAAAGAAUGCUGUUCACAUCUAUUCCACUCUGUGCUUUGGGACUGACAGGAAAUGGAAUUGUCUUGUGGCUUCUCUGCUGCAAGAUAAAUAUGAAGUUAAAACUGUAUUUUUUAAGUGUGGCAGUUGCGAAUCUGAUUAUCAUCUUCUGCAACUUUGUCAUCGUUGUUUUAUAUUUUACUCAAAUUUAUCCCAGUUUAAUGUUUCAACGUGUAAUGCAGAUUCUGCACAUAUGUGGAUAUGACACCAGCUUCUAUUUGUUUACAGCUAUCACUGUGGAAAGGUGUCUCAAUGUCUUUGUCCCCGUCUGGUAUCAGUAUCACAGGCCUAAUAAUUUCUCAGCCACCGUAUGUAGCGUUUUGUGGGGGCUCUCUUUCAUCUUGUCUUUUGUGGACUAUUAUGCCUGCUCUCCAAGAUUCCAAGUAGACUUUCACACUUUUGUUGUCGCUUGUCGAACAUCAACCAUAAUCGAUACCGUCAUUGAGUUGUUUAUUUUCCUUCCCAGCUUACUCUGCUGCACUUUGGCCAUUUGGAUCAGAAUGCAGAAAAGAGAACCAGGAACGGCCCCAGCUAGGCUUGAUAUCACCAUUGUAGCUGUAGUUCUUCUAAUUCUUAUACUUAAUACCCCAGUUAGAACUGCUCAUAUCAUGACCUUUUGGACUUACAGAAUAGAUAGGUAUAUGCUGAAUAACAUCUCACUGCUAAUGGAUUCUCUUAAUAGUACUUGCAACCCUUUUGUAUACUUUUUUGUUGGAAAUUGGAAGAGGCAGAAGUCCUCGGAGUCAAUCCUUAUGUUUCUUGAGAGGGCUUUGAAAGCUGAAGAACUCAAGGCAGAAAGAACAAAAGGAGGCCAAGAGCAGGCCUGA